AUGGCUGCGCAGGCGGCUUUGAUUGCUGAUACCAUCGUUGGUAUGAAGCGGGCUUUACACAAGGAGACUAAUUACUCGGGCCCGGAUGACCCCAUUACGGAACCGACCAAUCGAGGCAACAAACUACGAGCCAAUGCACAGUAUGUUCGUGAGGGCGCACUAGGAUAUAUUCACUCGGAAGAUCUCUAUAAACAGAAAAUUGAACAUGCCGGAUACACUCGCUACAUCCUCCAACAAAAUCCUGUACGAUACGACUCCGAGGGCGACGAGCUUGACGAGGAUGACGAAGAUUCCGAAGCGGAUGCCAUUGCGGCGGAAGAAAACCCUUUUUCUGAAAUUGCGCUUGAAAAUUUCCUGUGCCCUCUGAAGCAUCCGUCGGAGCUACCUAUCCACCCCUCGUUAUCCCAUGCCUAUACCUCGAAGGCUCUUUUGAAUAUGACACAGGCCAUUGACGCCAAGUUACGGCAAGAGCGUGCGUUAUUAUGGCGCGCAAGAAAUCUUCAUCGGCAGUUUCUAGGUGACGGAUCGUGGGUACCAUGUGGGACAACAGAAACACCAGAUGACAGGUGGAUUUUUGAACCCCGAAUGACUAGCACCGGGCACAACACCCCGUCAGCUCAGGCGCGGGAAAAUGGGACUUCCACACCAUCACAUGCCCAGAAUCAUGAGCCAUCGAACCCGCACUCAGCAGAACUUGUCCCAAAGCAGUCACAACCGGACCAGAACGGGGAGCCACAAGCUGCAGACAAAGAUGUGGAAAUGACAGAUGCCCAGAACCGAGAGACGCAAAGUGAUGUCCCCAAGGAAAAUGUGGAACAAGGAAAAAUUCCCAAGGCGGAAGAAGUUGAUACACACGUGGGAGAUCUCCCACAACAUCCGGAGACCGCGGUUCCGGGCCCACUACCCAAUGGAAAUAGUACAGGAAACCCGCAGUCUGGACAAGAUCUGGCGACUGACUCCGACCACACACUUGAAACGGCGAGGAGAGAGAAUGCGAACGACAAGCCAGCCACCAGCGUCGAGAACGCCCUGGCUGAUCCGGGACUCUUAGCCGAUACGCAAGGGAAUGAAACUGAUCAAGAUGAGGAGAUGCACGAGGAGACUGACCACGGGCCACCUCAGCGCAUGACGACUCGGGCGCAAGUCAACGCCGGCAACCCACAGCAGGAGCUGGACCCAAGCACUCUGUCCCCAUCUCCUUCAUCCGACACUCUUAGUACGCUUCCAGCACCACACCCUCUUUUCCUCACCCCGAACUCUGUCCGACCAGACCCAAACUUUGGCCUGCCACCCAACGAGGCCGAAGAUACGCGGCGGUUACUUUGGUCGUAUGUUCAGAAACAGGAGGAAACGGUUCGCGGGUUCGAGCACAUGUUGGAGUCUCUCCUUCGUGCCUGCCGGAUGAAAGAAGACGUUUUGGAGUGGUGUAAAGCGGAGGGCCACGUGGGAGAGAUGAGCGACGGUGAAGAUUGGUAUGACCGCGAGAAGUGGGGUCUUGCUGAAGGAGAAGAUCUCAAGAAGGGUGCCGACGAAGAUGAAAUUGAGACGGUCGAAGAGAGUCGGACAUCGAACAAAAGGGGUAGAGGCCGACGAGCCUAA